AUGUUUGGGGGUAAUAGGCGUAUUUCAGUGAGGUGUCAUCGUCGCAGUCGGCUGCCAUUGAUGAAGCCAAGAUGGGUUAUUGUGUGUGUUUUGUUGGUCUGCCUUGUCCUCCUAUUCACUUGUUAUUUUAUCUAUGAUCCUGUCGCUGCUUACUUAUUUGUCUCCAAAUUUGUUCCUAAUCCUGUUAUUGGGAGAGAUUUUAGAGGCGAUGAAAUUUCAUCCCGCGCUGUGAUUAGGGAGUUUCUGAAUGCUUCUCAACAUCAUUCCAAGACUCCAAAAACCGCUUUUUUGUUCUUUAUUCAGGAUCCAUUGCCUUUUGAGAUGCUCGGGGAUAAGUUUUUCAAUGGAAAUGAGGGGAAGUUCUCUAUAUAUAUACAUAACUCAACUGGCAUACCAAAUCGUAAGAGUCGUCACUUUGUUAAUUGGGAAAUACGCAGUGGCCAGGUGGGUUUGGGAGAUAUUAGAAUGGUAGAUGCAGAAAGACGAUUAUUGGCUACAUGA